AUUAUCUCCAACAUUGAGCAACAUUUCCUGCACUUGUUAAAUAACUACACUGACCUAACCUCACAAACUGACCAUGGAGAGUAUUAAGGACACAAUCACUGAUAUGAUGGGUCAGCUGAAUGCAAGAAUGGCCUCCUUUGAAGCACAGAUUGCAAAGUCGCCGGCAUCUCCUUCAGCUUCAGGACUGGCUGCUGAAUUCGCAGCUUUCAGGUGCUUCACCAUGUCAGCAUUCAACAUGCUCCAUAAGCAAGUAGAAAUGCUGGCUAAGGGCAUGGAUCAUCUUGACAUGCGCAGUCGCCGGAAGAUCCUCCUUAUCCACGGGGUCCCCGAGGGCAAGAAGGAGGAUGUGGCCAACACAGCUGUCCAGACUAUUGCAAGUCACUAUGAGGAGUCUAAGUUUCUGUGCUUAGAUGAUAUCACUCGCAGCCACAGAAUGGGACGCAUAGGAGACAAGCCAAGACCCAUUCUCAUAAAGUUUAAAGACUUGGCUCUGCGCAACAAGGUCUGGUACUCCAAGGCGAAGUUGAAGGGUUGUGGAGUCACGCUGUCGGAGUUCCUGACCCGGCCGCGUCACGAAGCAUUCAUGGCGGCACGGCAGCGGGUCGGCGUGAAGCAGUGCUGCUGGACGCGGGACGGCUGCGUAGUGGUGCUGGGCGCUGACGGGAAGCAGCAUCGCGUCGUGUCGCUGGCCGAGCUGGACCAGGUCUGUCCGCCGGCCAGCCAGAACGUCGAUGUGGUGGCGCCAAAGGCUAGCAGCAGCAAAGCCGCGGAUGCACCAGUGGCAUCUGGCAGAGCGAAGCGUGUCGUUUCCAAGAAGUAGUUGCGUAGUUAAGGUUCACUUUUACAACUUCGUUAUAGUAUUUUUGAAUGUGGUUAUAUGAAUACCCUCUAUUAUCAAUUAAUUUUCGUUUUUAUUUUAAGAAAUGUGCUUUAAUGUUUGCUUGUUUUCAUUGUU